AUUUAUCCUUUGUAAUAUGCAGUUUACAUGCUUGCAAAUACAUUUUUGAACAAGCAAAAAUGUAUUUACCUGGCUAAAGUCAGGUAAGUCAGAAAUCACAAGAUUGUAAUAGGUUUUAAAAAAUAGUUAAUAGAAACUUGUAGCUAGUUUUCCACCUGUUUGUUUUAAUCUGUUUUGGUACAUCUGCUCGUCAUCUUGCCAUAUAUUCCAUGAUGUUUGAGAUUGCUGGAGAGCAGCUGAGAUUUCUGGUGACUUAGCAGCGCAGGACUUUUAAGAUUGAAUAAGGUGCCAUAACUGGUUAACAACACAACCCAUGUCACUACAAGUACUUCUGCAAAUAAGUAGUGUCCUAAAAAUCAAUGUUUCUUAAUCAAAAUGGUGGGGAAGUGACUGUUUGAAAUACCAAAACUUGAUGUUUUGUGAAGGAAUGUCUAGUGUGGGAGCGUAAAGAAUAUUUGUAUUUUUAAAGGAGAAGUAGCGUUUGGUUUUUGUGUACACGUAUUCUCUGUAGUAGUUUUCAGGGAAGGUACCAGUCGCUCAUGCAUUCCUUUUCUAAAAUUUUUAGAAGCUGUCAGUUGCUAAUGCUAAGUGCAUGGCCGUGCUGUAUGGUAAGUUAGGCAGCAUGCUGCUGAGAGCUGUACAAUUGGAUUUAGGUUUGAAUCAGUUUCCAGAAAGUUAAUUAGCUACUCUGGUUGAAAUUUGGGAAAUUAUUUGAAUCGAGUUCUUUAAAUCUUUGGGUUUUAAUUGCAGUCAUAUUAACUAUAUCUUGUAUUGCUUUUCUAGUUUGAUCAGAGUUCACUAAUUAUUGUAGUGAAUAGUUAGAGGCUAAAGCUAAAAAUACUUUUUUUUUCAGCAUAUUACAUCUCUGCAUUUCAUUAAUGGCCAGUCUUUGUUAUUGUUUUAUUCACAAGGUUACUGCUCGCUCUGACUUUAUUUUUUUCUUGUUGGUUUGCAUAAGAAAUGUUUUUUGGUGUAAUAAUUAUUGCUAGGUAAGAGUUUUACUCUUAGCUUUGUACGAGCUUUCUGUCAUUUUUUCUAGAGUUUAAAGUGAAGUAAGAUUUCUAAAAGGGAGGUGUAUGUGUAGUUUCUUAUUCUCAAUGGGAAAAAUAAUUUUGUAGUUUUCUUCUUAUUGUUUCUCAGGAUGUUGCAAAACCUGCUUUUCAUAACUUAAUAAAAAUAUGCAUAUAAAUGCCAAGGAUAAAAGGGAAAAUAAGUUACAAAGAUUGAAAUGGGUUUUGUGAUAAAUGUUUACAUGUAUAAACGUUUAAUACUGUGCCUUUAUUAAACAGGAAUGUUUUUUUCUGGGUUAUUAAUUUAGUAUCACAGCUUCCGUGCCUGUGUCUUCCCUUUAUGAUAAUCACAGUUGCUGUUAUAUAAGAGUGGAGUAGUGCUCAGUGGAAUGGAAAAAUUUUCAGUAACUGAAGGAGCAAAUCAAGACUUUUUCGAAAUGAUAAUGAGGAAAAAAAGGAGAGUGGGGGUAGGGGGUUGAGGCCUGUUAUCUUAACAUCAGCAAGAUGUCCAUAGCAGGUGUCACUGGAUCAAAGAAACCAGGUGAAAAUGAGAUUAAAUGUUGAUGGCUAUUCUACCCAAGCAGUGUGUUUGUAGCUUGUAAAUUAACAUUUAACAUAAGAGAAAGAUGUGGGUAGAAAGUGGUAACUAUUUGGAAGUAAAACAAGGUGCAUCUUAGCCCACCUGUGAAGAAAAAAAGCAGAAGGCCUGUAAGAGGAGGUACUUGCUGAAUUAUCAGAGUGGUAAUAGCAAAGAGAAGAUGGAAAAUAAGCAGGGUUGGAGGAGCGCAGUUCUUUUGGGGACUGACCAUUCCAAUAGCAAAGAAAUAAAGGGAAAUGGUAAUGGAGAAUAGCUGAUCUUGAGAUUUUUCUUCUGAAUUCUGUGUUGGGAUAUGAACAGUGCAUCACAUGCAGGUCGUUUUUAACUUUUGCCCCUGCAUAGUUUUACUGUGCUAUACAAUUUCUUGUGAAAUAAUGUAGUGGGAUGGAAAUGGACAGUUUCACUCUUACAAGCUCAAAAGAAUAGUUGCAGUCAUAAGAAUUGGUUUUCCUUCAGUGUGUGAGCUUAACAUAACUUUGUAAUGAUUGAAAAUGAAAUCCCUUUUCAAAAACUGGCUUUAAUACAUUUUAAAGGUGGGUAACUUUUGAACUUGCAUUUGAACUUGUUGCAUUUGUAACUUUUGUACUUGAACUUGUUUUUCUGCUCUUCAUAAUUUUGAGUUGGAUGACUAUUUUAUUCUUAUUAAAUUCUUAACCUGAAUCAUACUUUUAUCUAGUAUUGGCUAGUGAGAAAAUAGAGGUCGCUUGGAAAGGCUGUACUAGGUAUAAUGCUUGUGUGUUCUUUCAAUUGCUUUGACAUUUCAUUUUAUGAAGAAUUUGACAAAUUACUGUUGCUCAGACUUCAUGCUUGUAUUGGCAAGGAGUCAUUGAACUAGAUUUUAAUAUGCUAAAAGAAACGACACAAGGAGCUUCAAUAAUGUUAACGUAUUAAGAUAAAAUUCACUUCAGAAUUCAAAAAUAAAUGUAUCGCCAUGUGAAACUAUCUAUAUUCGUAAAUAAACUUGAUCUUUCUAUCACUGGAAAACAAAAUAUGUGCAUAAAAUAUGUCACUGUUGGAGGUGCCAAAGCUCUUUUUAAUGAACAGUUUGGGGCUUUUCUGCUUAAGUGCUGUCUUAGUAGUUUUAAACUAAUGACGGAAUUUUCGUUUUUUUUCAUGGACUAGCGAGUCUGAGAAAUACCUAUACCAAUUUUUAAUGGUUUUCCCCCAAAUGAUGGUAUCAGUUACAUAGCAUGCUGUUUUUCUUUUUCCAUAAUAGAUACUCCUCUCAAGUAUUUUAAGUGUGUACUAUUAAUGAGAUAAUACCUAGAAAUUACAGUCAGAUCAGAUCUGCAGGACUUUAGGUGCCAUUUCUUACAGAGUACUGGACAAGAUUUUCCCCAGAAUUACUACUGUGAAUUGAUCAAUGACCUUAACACUUUUCUUCAUAAUUUUGUAUGUGGGACCUGAUGAUCAAAAAAGUCAGUGAUGUACUCAGGACCACUGUGGUACUGAGAGUUUGAUCAAAAUUUUUUUGGUAUCAAUAAUUCACCUUUAGUACAAGACCACAGAUAUUCAGCAACUUUCUGGGCACCAACUUUUGUUUAUCUGGCCCAUACCCUACUGUUUUCUCUAAAUUUUCAUACUAUUUGAUGUCCCAUGGAAUUUCAGUAAUUAUUUUAGUCUUCCAAAUUUUCUGCCCGUUUUGAAAACACAAGAUCUAUUAGUAUUUGUCCUUUAAAACAUUUUUAGCUCAGGACUUACUUCUUUCAGUCCUUUGGAGUUCUUUCACACAACACGUAAGAAAUAACUUUUAAAAUUUCUUUACCCAAGUAAAUGUCAGUAUAAGUAAGCUGUAUGGAGUGUAGGGUAGGUCAGAGUAUGAAGUAACUUAUCAUUCUGGGGCAGUCUUUCUCUGCUUUGUUCCUUCACUUGAUUAUAUCUGAUCUGAGUAAUCUUUUUCAAUUAUUCUAACUGAUCUCUCCCAUAUCUGGGAUAUUUCCUUAAUCAUCAUGGGAACUGUUCAAAACUGUUUCAGUGUUUGCUGCUUUAAAGAAAUGAAAUGCUAUUUUAUUUUACUUUCCUUUGCAUCCACAAUAAUGCUAAAUAUGGUUUAAAAAAUCGAAUGUAAAAUGAAUAGUUAAUGCUAAAGAACAAUUAGUUUUCCUGUUGGUUUAAUGGUCUCAGAAUAAAGAACCAAAUGCAGUUCAAAUUCUGGGUUGUAACUGAUAAUGUCUGUCUAAAUUGGCCCAUGGACCAAUUCUACUGGUUCUGCUGAUUUAUUAAUUUCGUUUAGAUAUUUUAAGAGAGAUUGACAGUGGUAGAAUUAAAGAUUAAAUUUGUCUCUUUUUUAAACACUCCCCUUCCUCCCAACUCAAGGUGCUUUUGAACAGCUUUAUCAGUUGACAAUGUUUUGUGUUUUAUAUUUCAAACAUAAAAAGCUAGUAAAGCCAGUUGUGUAUGGUUAAAACUUUUUUUAAAGCUUUAGAAACUCUCUAGGUAGAAUUUGGAGGAAGGACGCUUCAAAAGUGUGUCUUUAUCUAUUCUGUUCUUUGGCUUAUGUGCUUCCUGCAUUUCAGUUUGGAUUUUUAUAGACAAAGAUAUUUUGGAUGACAUUUUGCCUCUUAAGUGAACUCAUGUUUCCGAUGUGAGGUAUUUGUGGCUGAAGCUACUUGAUUCUCCUGUAAUGUCUUAUGUUUGUCUCUUGUGUUUGACUUGUGUUUGUCUUGUGUUUGGCCAUUGAUGGGCUUUGUCAUGUUCGUUUUGCUAAGCAAGGUGUCUCAUAUUAGUAUAAACUGUGAUUUUAUAGUUACUCUAUUUUUACAUUUAAUCUCUAACUUUACAUCUCUUUUUAUUAUUUCAUCCUCUCCCCCUUUGAAUAUGUCACUGGAUUUUGCAAGUGUUUAGUCCCUGUGACAGAUAAACUGGGGAUGUAAUGUCCGGUACUUAAGUGAGGGGACUAUUUAUAGUUCAUAUUUGCACAAAGUCUUUAUUUGCACAAGGGACACUGAAGGAAACUAAAGUCAUGUACGUAGGAUGUGGCUUUUAGAACAUACAUAGACCUGUGCAGAUAAGUCUGCUUAAAAAAAAGUGUCCUAACAUGAAACUUAACUAAGUGCCUGGAUCGAGUGUAAUCAAGAUCAAGAAAAUCAAGAAAUACAGUGUAAUAAUAUUAUUAUUGCAAAAUACAUGAAUAUGUAAAUUAUAUAUGUAAUGUAAAUGUAAUACACAGCUUUUUAGUACUGUGUUGUGAAGUUCUCAUCUCCAAGAUUUCCUAGGCUUCCCUGGGCUUUCUGGAGGGGUUUGCCUGGCUGGCAUGCCCCGGGUACCAUGCCAGGGGUUCAGGCCUUGCCUUCCAGACCUUGCUGUUCUAUAUUUCACAGGACUUUGCUUACGUGAGGAGCGAUUUUGCUCGGUAGACAGAGAUGGAACAAUAUAAAUGUUGUUUGUUUGUUUAAUAGAAUGUUUUGUUUUCUGGCUGGGAUUUACAGAUAAGGCAAUAGUAGUUACAAGUAAGUAUGCUUUAUCGUAAUAGCUAUAACUAACUAUAUUCGAAAAAACUCUUUAGAGCUCUGCUACUUAAAAUCAGUAGUUUUAUAAAAAAAAAAAAAUAAGGCAACAGUUACAAACUAGGAUAGUUCUUGGUUUUCUAGAAACAAAUAGUUGAGAUUUCCUUUCCAACAAUGCUUCUGAAGCACAGAUAAAAUGACUUCCUGUCUGACAGUUUCCUGUAUCCAUGGCAACCUCAAUUUAACCACUUCUUUCUUAGUUUCCUGAGUGAGCAGUUACAAAUCCAGGGGAAAAACGUGAGAGUUGUAGCACCCGACAAUAGUGCUUUUACUAACGUUUCGCAGAUAAGUAUAGUCAGUCAACUGGUAACAGCCUAACAAACUGCAAAACAAGUAAAUAACGGAAAUAAUGAACUUCAGAUUUGGGCGAAGUCAGAGAUGAGUGAGAAGGACAAAGACAGGGAUAUGUGUGGACUGCAAAGUUUUCCACCCUGCACAGGAGCAUUACCAUAUCUCCUUAAUGGUUUUCUUUUGCUGCUCCUCCAGAAGGAGGUACUUGGCUGUCCAGCUGUUUGCCAGCUCUGCACAGGGAGACAAGUUACCUGUCGUAACUUGGGUCUUUCAAGCAUCCCCCGGAACUUCCCCAAAACUGCAAUUCUUGUAUACCUCAGUGGGAAUAAUAUAUCGCAUGUCAUUCCAAAUGAAUUAAGAGGUCUUCAGAAGCUUGCUGCACUUUACAUGGAAAAUUCCAGUAUUUCAUAUGUACAUCCAAAAGCUUUUGUGGAACUCCCUAAUCUGUGCUACCUGCAUCUAGAUAACAAUAAUAUUAAACGCCUGGAUCCAGGAACCUUUGAAGGUCUUUCCAAUCUUCGUUAUUUAUACCUUCAGAAUAAUCAAAUAGCUUUUGUUUCCAGAGGAUUAUUUAGUGAUCUCCUUUCUGUUAGAUAUUUAACACUUCAAAGAAACCGCCUCAGUGUCCUUGGAAGUGGAACUUUCUUAGGAAUGAUAAGUCUUCAAACGCUUAAUCUAGCCAAUAAUAAGAUUUCACGGAUAUCAGAUUCAGCAUUUUAUCAUCUUGAAAACCUUGUAUAUUUGUUCCUUGAAGGUAACAAUUUAACACUUGUGCCAUCAAAUGCCAUUGGAAGGCUCAAAAACCUUGAAAGACUUUCUUUGUCUCACAAUCCUAUUCAGUCAGUGCAUCAUUUUGCAUUUAGAGGACUUAACAAGCUUAAGUAUUUGUCUUUAAAAAGUGUAAAGCUAAAAGAGAUUUCUGCAAAUGGUUUUUUUGGAUUAAAUAAUCUUAGUCAGUUAAUCUUAAGUUAUAAUGAUUUAGAAAAUAUAAAUUCCAGUACUUUUACUUUAUUGAACAAUUUAAUGUAUCUGCAGUUAGACAGAAAUAAAAUAACCAGUAUUGGUGAUGGUACCUUUGAAAAAAUGGGACAGUCACUUAAAAUACUCAGUUUAGCAUUUAAUAAUAUUACAGAGUUGCAACCUGAAGUGCUGAAGCCCCUGGUGUCUUUAACUCAUCUACAGGUAAACUACAACCCUUGGAACUGUAGCUGCAAAAUGCUUGGGUUGCUGAAUUGGCUAGCAUCAUCUCCUAUUUCUGUUAAAAUUCACUGUCAAAAUCCCCUCAGUAUGCGUGGCAGACCUUUGCGUUAUAUUAGGUGGACUCAGUUUGCAAACUGCAGUAGCCCCACUGCCAGCCCAGAAGCAGCGUGGAAUCUAGGAUCUACAGAAAUCCAUCACAGCCCUACCACUUUGCUGAUGGCAUGGCAUAAGGUACACAGGCAGAAUACAUUGGAACAGUUUGUUAAUGUGGAUACAAAAUACGUUACUUUCUGGGAAGGAACUACAGCUACAUCUGCUAACCCUUUGCCGUAUGAAGAAAAUGCUGCUGAAAUUCCAUCACAGGCAACUACGUUAUCAAUAUCACCAGUAAAAAUACCAGCACGGAUUAUACCUGUUAACAGAACUGUAGAAGGAAAAGGUUUAUUUCCAACAGAUGCUGCUCCUGUAUCAUUAGAAACAUCUGUACUUUGUACGCAACAGGUUGAAAAGCUGAGUCAGGCUUUUGACAUUUUGCUAGCCUUUUUCAUUCUGGCUUGUGCUGUUAUCCUGUUCCUAACCUAUAAAAUUAUUUGGUUUAGACAGAAACUAAAGGUGCUGGAAAACUCAGGGGAAAAGAGAAUAGAAUAUUAUGGUUUUUAUCAGCCUGGCAGAUACAACAUAACUAAUCCAGUGCAGUCUCUAACUGAGAAUUCAGUGGGACAUCCAGAACUGGACCAAAUUAGGUUGCUCAAGCGAACAGCAUCAGAAAGUCAGGCACAGGUCAUAUUGUUUGAACAUUCAUCAUUGUAAUUAACCUCAUUUGAUUUGAUUUUUUUUUUGGUGAUCUGAAAUGCCAAGAAGUCAAGAACUCAAUUUUCUAAAAAAAAUAAAAAAAUAAUAAUAAUCUUUCACUGACGAAAAUCAGCUGAUUGAUAGAAUUGUAGCAAAUGGUAUAAUUUGGGUUCUGCAUCAUCAUUUGCUUCCUGAAUGUUCUGAUUUUUUUUUUAUUAGAUGUCAUUUAAAUCUGACCUGGAUAGGUAUAUUAUCAUCUUUCCUUGUUGUAAGAUUAUUUCUAUGAUUCAAAUAUGUAUGCAGUAAAAAGUAUGUUGAUUUGUUUUGCAGUACUUACUGGUAUUAAGUUUCUGUAGAAAUUGCAUAGCUAACUUAAAGUUAAAUGUCAGUUUUUAGCAGGAUCGUGGAGGCAAGAAAUGUGGGGGAAUGGGAAGAGAAUAAUGCUUACUGUAUUUAUUCUAAAGCAUAAUUUCUGUUCUGCCUCCAUUAAUCAUCGCAGAGAAAAAUGUGAGCAUAUUUACAGCUAACAUGUUGAAACUCUUAAUGAAAACAAAUUUAAAUGAUACAAAAUGUGUUCAUAUCUGACAUUUUAACAUACAAAUAUGUAUAUUCAAUCUGUAUAAUGAAUAUAUUAAAAAGUGAUUUUUUGUGUGCAUCUGUAUCAUUUUAUGGUCAUAGCUAAUAGGGAAGCUAAAUUUCUAGUGGAUUGAAAACUUGAACAAGUUUAUAGUGUCUAGGGUAAUGGAGUUGAUUAAUUUUUGUCUAUAAAAGAUUCUCAUCUAUAUAGUAAAAUUUCAGAGAGUCUGGCUCAAUGAGGGGUGUAAACAGAAGAAAUCUACUAUACUUUAAGUACAUAACUAUAGCUUGAUUGCUGAAGAUAGUUGUUUUUGUGAUGUAUAUUUAGAAGUGUCAGUUCUUCAAAUUAUGUUUCUUAGUGACCUUAUUUUAUGAUUAUGCUUUAAAUGAUGGAUAUUUUUGUUUUGCAUGUAUUUUAACAUUUAUUUAGGAUAUUAAUGUUCUCUUUACAUUACUGUUAGGUUGCAUCUAGUGUUAUGUGGGUGUAUUUUCAACCUGAAUUUGUGAUUUUUUUUCUUGUUCCUCCAGUAAUUCAAGUUUUAUUAAGGAAAAAGUCUUAAAAAUAGUUUCAAAAUGCUCCAAUCCAGUAAAAUUUUCAGCUAGCUGAGUGUACCUGUUUUUGCAGAUACUGUUUGUCUUCAGGUAUGCACCCUAGAGACUUCAGUCACUUGGUUUAUCAACAGCACAAUUUAAAGGGAGAUCAUUUUGCACAGUGAAAAAUGGAGAGCAAUGUUUUGAUAGUCAAGAUGUUGAUUCAACUUCAUAGUUGCAUAGAAGUAUCUUGCUGUUCCAAAGUCCAUCCUGGAGACCAGGACUUCUCCAGAUGCAUAGGACUGCUGCAGGGUUUCUUGGUCCAGCUAGCCUUCCUUCUGCCAGUGUAGCUGAUGUGCAUGAUCAUGUUGUUCCACUCCCUGUCAUCCUGUUUGUACAUCUCCAGUGCAUUUCCAGGAAUGACAGAUACUUUCUGCUGCCAAUACAAAUAUAGACCUUGACUGUACUUGUAUGGGUGUGACAGCGGAAGUCUUCACUGUGUGCCUCUAUUGUUGUUUGCUACAUGUUUUUAUUGAAUGUAACAAAAUCUCAGUUUCAUUGAGAUUAAUUUCUGUUGCAUCACAAUAUUUUAUUCUAAUCUACUGUGUAACACACGAUAUACUUUUAGUUUAUGGAGCACUUAAUUCAGCUACUUGAGCAAAAGCUUAAACUAUUUUGGGUUGCAUCAGUAGAAAGUACUUUAUCUGUACUUUUCUAGUCAGAUAUUAAUUAAAUGUAACAUGCGAAUAUCUUCUAAGAAGGGAAAACACUGACAACUCUUAAAUUCAUGCUUAAUUAUUUUUGUGGCUAAUUAAUUUUCCUCUUUAGUACCUUUUUGUUACUUUCUGCCUUCCCUAUGUAAUUCCCUGUGAUAAGUGUUAAAUUUGUUGCUUUUUUUGUCACUGUCUGUGAUUCCACAGUAGUAGGUUCUGUAGUCUUAAGUUCUGUAUUUCUAAAUUUUCAAUUUUAUAUGGAUGUCUUCAGUAAUAAUGGGCUUUAUUAGCACCCAGGCGAUAAUUCCAGUCAAAGCUAGUUAACCAGCUUUUCAUCAGUAGAAAUGUUAAUGUGUCCAUAUAAGAGAGGAUUUUUUUUUGAGAGAGAGUGGAUGAAGGUGCACAAAACAAGCCCAAUCCUCAAAUCUGGGAGGGAUGGGUCUUCUGUUGUUAGGCUCUGUGUUCCCUGGCUGCUCUCUCCAGAAGACUAUGGUUCCACCUGAACGUGUCUCCUUUCCACCUGUAGAUGGAAAGCUCCUGUAGGAAUUGUUUUUCAGGCAUGAGUCUCACAAUCUACAGUGGUGGAAUGUAAAAGGAUAUUUUAAGAGUUGUGUCUGGAAGGAGUGUUGGGGCAGUUGACAACAUCUUCUGGAGAAGAGUCAUCCUCUAAUAUCUGUCUUGCUAACAAUUUUGUGUUUCACUGUAGCAAAGAAUUGAGAGGUACAUUGUGCAUCUGCAGGGAAGUGCCCUUGGCAGUUAGCAGCUUUUAAAGUUAGGUGUUCCUACUAGGCAAUAGAUGCAUCCAUGUACACGUGUCAUUCGUAUGGCCUAACUAUUUAAAUCAUUAGGGAACCCAUUUAGAAUUCCUUUUAGUGCCUUCCCUCAUGACGCAAAAUGGUCCAUAAGUUUCCACUUAGUAACUUAGUCACAGUCCCUAACUAGGUUCCCAUUUGUAAAGUUCAUUAUCACAUUUACGGUCAGCCAUAGGAUUACCCUGGAAAUAUCAUUUUAGAUGUGUCAUUACCAUUUUAGGAGCUUCAUAGCACAGUGCAACUUCUAGGGGAGAAAAAAGAAUUCAUUUACAUUGCUCAUAACGUGUCUAAUCUCCAUUUGUCCCUUUCUACCUCUUCCCCUGGCUAAUGAAAUAAGAAUAAAAAAUUAAUCUUUCACAAGUGUACACCAGUAAAGGUAUGAAAUGAAGCUUCUCCCUUUCUUUUUGGUGUUUGCUGCUUCAUCCUGGCAAACAGAAAAGCAGAAAAAAUUUCCUCCUCUUCCUUUUAAUGUCUAGAGGAGAAAGGUGUGUUUUCCAAUGAGAAUUUUUCCUCCCUGGUAGACUGAGGAAGAAUUGUAGCGGACACAAGGACCAUUUUAUUUACUUAUAUAACAAUUGCACCACUAACAAUUUAUUAUGAUGUGUUUUGUUAAGCUGAUGGUAAAACU